GUGGAAACACAGAGUUCUAAUUGUUGUGAAUGGGACAGGGUUGAGUGCAACACUUCCACUGGACGAGUGAUGCGACUUUUCCUUAAUCAUACAUUCACAAAAGAAGCCUGGGAUGAUUUAUCUUAUGUUUAUUACGAUGAUACUUGGAGCGAUGAUUGGUAUCUAAACGCCUCUUUGUUUCUUCCUUUUGAGGAAUUAAACAGUCUUUAUUUACGUGGAAAUUCCAUCGCUGGUUGUGUUUAUAACGAAGAAUUAAAUGCUUUGAGCAAUUUAGAGGAGCUGUACAUGGGGGAUAACGAAGUGAACGACUUUAUUACAUCCAAAGACAAUGAAACAGAACUAAGGUUAAUAAACCUGGAAGUACUUGACUUGAGUGGGAAUCUCUUCAACAAUAGCAUAUUAUCAUCCCUUGGUAGGCUUUCAAAUCUAAAGUCUUUGCUUUUAGAAGACAACAAUUUGGAAGGAUCAAUAGAUCUUACAGUUUUAAAUGCUUUGAGUAACUUGAAGGAACUGUCUAUAAACUGCAGAUCCACCGAAGGUUUAAGAAACACGGCUUGUAGCCUUUCACCAAAAUCACCGGGCGUAUUUCUGCCGUCGUUGAAGACUCUAAUCUUGGCAGGAUUUAGUUUUAACGGAACGAUGACUACCCAAAAAUUGCAUAAUUUUAGAAACUUGGAAGAGUUGAUCUUGGGAGAUUCUUUUCUCCAAACCAACUUUCUUCGAAACUUUGGAGAACUUACUUCCCUAAAGCUUUUGCAAUUGUAUGGUUGUGAGAUCAAUAAUAUUGGAAGCCUAACUCCUCCUCAAGGAUUUUGUGAAAUGACAAAUCUCCAAGAGUUGGACAUCAACGACAAUAAUCUAAAGGAUUAUUUGCCCGAAUGCUUCUCCAAUCUCACAUCCCUUGAAAGAUUAGAUCUCCGUUCCAAUCAGUUUUUUGGAAAUAUAUCUGUCCUUAAGAGUCUAACAACCCUGAAAAGUUUAGAUCUAUCAUCCAAUCAGUUUUCUGGAAGUAUAUCUGCCCUUGAUAGUCUAACAUCCCUUCAAGUGUUGAGUGUUUCAAACAAUUACUUUCAGAUCCCAAGCUCAUUAGGACCCUUCUUCAACCUUUCAAAGCUCAAGUACCUCUAUGCGGACAACAAUACCAUAUAUGCUGAAACCGAGAUGCAUUCUUUGGCCCCGACAUUCCAACUGAAAGAGAUCACAAUGGCUUGUUGUGGAAAUGGCGGAUCAUUUCCUCAAUUCCUCUAUCAUCAAAAGGACUUACAGACUGUUGAUCUCUCUAACAUCUAUUUCAAGGGAGAUCAGUUCCCAAAUUGGUUGUUGAAAAACAACACAAAACUAGCUAGGCUAUUUCUCGCCAAUAGCUCUCUAUCGGGACCUAUUCAGCUACCGCUUCCUUCACAUUUGGGUUUAUCAUCUUUAGAUAUCUCCAACAAUUUCUUCAAUGGCAGCAUUCCAAUAGAAAUUGGAGCGCAACUACCAUCGUUGAAUUUUCUGAACAUGUCAAAAAAUCAUUUUAACGGUAGCAUUCCCUCUUCUUUCGGUGAUAUGAGUUCGCUGUGCUCUUUGGACUUAUCCAACAAUCUGUUGUCUGGGGGGAUACCUCAGCACAUGGCCAUGGGUUGCUCCUCGUUAGCAUACCUUGCAUUAUCAAACAACACACUGCAAGGCAAACUUUUCUCUGUAAAUUUUAGUUUAACAAACUUGAUGGAGUUGCAAUUGGAUGGAAAUAACUUCUCAGGAAGGAUCCCAGAUUUCUUGUCUAACAAGACCUAUUUGAAUACAUUGGAUGUCAGCAACAACCAACUUUCUGGUCGGAUCCCAAGGUGGAUGGGAAAUAUGUCUUCUUUGGAGACAAUUAUCAUGUCCAAUAAUCAUCUUGAAGGCACAAUCCCUAUGGAGUUCUGUCAACUUGAUCUUAUACUUCUAGACCUCUCAGUUAAUAAUAUCUCUGGGAGUCUACCAUCUUGUUUCAGCCCAUCACAGAUAAGGCAAGUUCAUUUGUCCAAAAAUAGGUUACGAGGAUCCUUACCAGAUUCACUUGGUAACUGCUCUACCUUGGUUACGUUGGAUGUCAGCGAUAACUUCUUAACUGGUAACAUUCCAAGUUGGGUUGGCAGACUUUCAAAUUUGAGUUAUCUUCUCUUAAAUAACAACAAAUUUGAGGGGCGGAUACCAAUUGAGUUGUGCAACUUGAGUCACUUAAGCUUGAUCAAUCUUUCUCACAACAAUCUUUCUGGUCGUAUUCCCCCUUGCAUAAAAAUUACCACACUCGAAGAUGUACCAGAAGAUUACGGGAAAAUUCUACCAUACAUGUCUGGGAUCGAUCUGUCUUUCAACAAUCUGGUUGGUGAGAUUCCUGAUGAAAUUGGAAACUUCCGCAAUAUACUUGUGUUGAGUUUAUCUCACAAUAGUUUGACAGGACCAAUCCCACCAACAUUUGCUAACCUCAUGCGAAUAGAAAGUUUGGAUCUUUCUUACAACAAUUGA